GCGGUCCAGUCAGUCUCAGUGCUGUUGGAGCUGCAGGAUGUGCUGGUGAGGACAGGUCUGAAGGAUCGGAGCCGUCUGCUGCUGGGGCCUUUCUCCUGUAGCGCCGCCCUAGAGGCCAGGUGGUGUAGGCACAGCAGCAGUCCUGGACCUGAGACUGGAGCCCCUAAACUACUGCUGGACCUGAAGGGAGGCCUACUGCAGGUGAGAUGGAACAUCCAAAAUCCUGGUUGGAGGGUCCCAGAUUUCCUGCUUAUUUCUUCCUGAUUCCGGGAAUCUUCCAACCAGGUUUUCUGGAGAAAUAACCGUAUUUUGGGAAAUGUACCAGAUUUUUGCAAACCUAUAUGCCAUUCUCACCCUAAUUCAGUAACAUAGUAACAUAGAGUUAGUCCACCUUUCUGUCAGAGAUCUAAUAAGACCAGAAAUAUUCCCAUACUGUCAUUCAUCACCCUAUUGAACUCUACUGGUUAUUCAUCACCCUAAUGACUUCUACUGGUUAUUCAUCACCCUAAUGACCUCUACUGGUUAUUCAUCACCCUAAUGACCUCUACUGGUUAUUAAUCACCCUAAUGACCUCGACUGGUUAUUCAUCACCCUAAUGACCUCUACUGGUUAUUCAUCACCCUAAUGACCUCUACUGGUUAUUCAUCACCCUAAUGACCUCGACUGGUUAUUCAUCACCCAAAUGACCUCUACUGGUAUUCAUCACCCUAAUGACCUCUACUGGUUAUUCAUCACCCUAAUGACCUCUACUGGUUAGUCAUCACCCUAAUGACCUCUACUGGUUAUUCAUCACCCUAAUGACCUCUACUGGUUAUUCAUCACCCUAUUGAACUCUACUGGUUAUUCAUCACCCUAAUGACUUCUACUGGUUAUUCAUCACCCUAAUGACCUCUACUGGUUAUUCAUCACCCUAAUGACCUCUACUGGUUAUUAAUCACCCUAAUGACCUCGACUGGUUAUUCAUCACCCUAAUGACCUUGACUGGUUAUUCAUCACCCUAAUGACCUCUACUGGUUAUUCAUCACCCUAAUGACCUCGACUGGUUAUUCAUCACCCUAAUGACCUCUACUGGUAUUCAUCACCCUAAUGACCUCUACUGGUUAUUCAUCACCCUAAUGACCUCUACUGGUUAGUCAUCACCCUAAUGACCUCUACUGGUUAUUCAUCACCCUAAUGACCUCUACUGGUUAUUCAUCACCCUAAUGACCUCUACUGGUUAUUCAUCACCCUAAUGACCUCUACUGGUUAUUCAUCACCCUAAUGACCUCGACUGGUUAUUCAUCACCCUAAUGACCUCUACUGGUUAUUCAUCUCUCUAAUGACCUCUACUGGUUAGUCAUCACCCUAAUGACUACUGGUCAUUCAUCACUCUAAUGACCUCUACUGGUUAUUCAGCACCCUAAUGACCUCAACAGGUUAUUCACUACUCUAAUUACCUCAACUGGUUAUUCACUACUCUAAUGACCUCUACUGGUCAUUCAUCACUCUAAUGACCUCUACUGGUUAUUCACUACCCUAAUGACCUCUACUGGUUAUUCAUCACCCUAAUGACCUCUACUGGUUAUUCAUCACCCUAAUGACCUCUACUGGUUAUUCAUCACCCUAAUGACCUCUACUGGUUAUUCAUCACUCUAAUGACCUCUACUGGUUAUUCAUCACCCUAAUGACCUCUACUGGUUAUUCAUCACCCUAAUGACCUCGACUGGUUAUUCACUACCCUAAUGACCUCUACUGGUUAUUCAUCACCCUAAUGACCUUUACUGGUUAUUCAUCACCCUAAUGGCCUCGACUGGUUAUUCACUACCCUAAUGACCUCGACUGGUUAUUCAUCACCCUAAUGACAUCUACUGGUUAUUCAUCACCCUAAUGACCUCGACUGGUUAUUCACUACCCUAAUGACCUCGACUGGUUAUUCAUCACCCUAAUGACCUCUACUGGUUAUUCAUCACCCUAAUGACCUCUACUGGUUAUUCACUACUCUAAUGACCUCUACUGGUUAUUCAUCACUCUAAUGACCUCUACUGGUUAUUCAUCACUCUAAUGACCUCUACUGGUUAUUCAUCACCCUAAUGACCUCUACUGGUUAUUCAUCACUCUAAUGAUCUCUACUGGUUAUUCAUCACCCUAAUGACCUCUACUGGUUAUUCACUACCCUAAUGACCUCUACUGGUUAUUCAUCACUCUAAUGACCUCUACUGGUUAUUCACUACUCUAAUGACCUCUACUGGUUAUUCAUCACUCUAAUGACCUCUACUGGUUAUCCAUCACCCUAAUGACCUCUACUGGUUAUCCAUCACCCUAAUGACCUCUACUGGUUAUUCAUCCCUCUUCAGUUGAUCUGGUUAUUUUCAGAGGUCUUUAAAGUCCCUUUAGGGAAGACUGGUACUUCUACUGUUAGUGUGUUACUGGAAGUAUUCCACAUUACAGCAGGGGGAAACUUCUUGACGAUCACUCACAACUCAACACUUAAUACAAAAUCAUACAUUUCCUUCUGCAAAUACGGAGCGUUUGUGGUGUUUUAAUCAAGUGUUGUACAAAAACUACCCGAAUUCCUUCCGUUCCGGCACCAAACCUGAGAAAUCCCCACAUUUUCCUGUUUUUACAUUUAGUCACAAUCCUCCACAGCAGAGAGUAGAGCCCAGUGUGGUUCCAUGUGUGAACUGUUUUUUUUGACUCAGAGAUUCCAGCCUUCCCGGCCAAACUCCAUCCCCAACCCCAAUCCCCAACCCCUUCCUUAACCACCAACCCCAUCCCGAACUCCCACCCCAACCCCCAGCCCAAUCCUCACCCUAUAUAGUAGUGCACUGUCAUGUAAUAUUUCCCCUUGUGUCUGUGCAGGUGUUCUGGGGCCAGGAGCAUGUCAACUGUCUGAGGCUGGUGUAUGAGCACAUCCAGGCUUACCUCCAGAGGAACCAGGGGACAGGGUCUGAGUCUGGGACUGGGGCUGGGGCUGAAGACGAUAAGCCCGCCUUUGACUCCCAGUCACCCCCCUCCCCUGGAUCCCCCUCCUCCAGGACAGAACAUAGCUCUGAUGACCUCCGCACCGGGCUAUUCCAAUACAUACAGGACUCAGGUAACCAUCAUACUUCACUACUAACUAUUCACCUGCUUCUCAAGUAA